CUUUUUUCGUUUCUGACAAAACACCAUUCUUUUCCUCCCUUCCUACAAUGAGUUCGCUGCUGCUUCGUUUCACGCACUCUGCGCCUGAAAUCACUGCGCUUGCUGCCGACGUUGCCGCCAAGUUCCGCAAUGUCUACGACGUCGCUGCGUCCGUUCCUGCUGACAAGGCGACCUUUGCGACUGUCAUCCAGCCCAUUGGCGAUGCAUGGGCUUCGCUGUCCGCGGCGUCCGAGUACUGCCAGUUCCCCAGGCACAUGUCGCCGAUCAAGGCCGUUCGUGACGCAAGCGCAGAGGCCUGCAAGAUGCUCUCGGCGCUCAACGUCGAGCUGGGCAUGCGCGUCGACGUCUACAACGCUGUGCUUGCAGUCUCCAAGAAGAACGAGGCGCUCGAGCCGGAGCAGCGUCGCUAUCUCGACCGAAUGCUGCGCGACUUCCGCCGCAACGGUCUUCACUUGCCCGAGGAUCAGCGCGCAGAGAUCAAGAAAAUCCAAGAGGAAAUCUCAGAGCUCGCAAUCAAGUUCUCAACCAACCUGACAGAGAUCAAGACCAAGCUGCCAUUCACCAAGGAGCAACUGGAAGGCUUGGACGAGGACUUUAUCAACAGCCUGACCAAAUCCGAGGACGGCACGCACCUGCUCAUCUCGCUGUCCUACCCGCACUACUUCCCGUGCAUGAAGAAGGCAGUCCGUCCCGAAACGCGCAAGACGCUCGAGGCUGCCUUCCAGUCGCGCGGCAUUGUCGAAAACACCCCGCUGAUGCAGCGCAUCCUGAUUUUGCGACAGCGCCAGGCCGAAAUCCUCGGCUACAAGACGCACGCGCAUUACAUUACCGAGACGCGCAUGGCCAAGUCUCCCGAGCGCGUUCGCGAGUUUCUGACCUCGCUCAACGAAAAGCUCACUCCUCUGGCCCAGGCAGAGCUGCAAGAGCUGCUCACGCUCAAAAAGGAGGAAUGCGCGCGUCGCGGCUACGAGUUUGACAGCCGCAUCAACGGCUGGGACUUUCGCUACUAUGCCCAGCAGAUUGAAGAGAAGCGCUUCCAGGUCGAUCACAACGAGCUGAUGCAGUACUUCCCCAUGCCGGUGGUCACCAAGGGCCUGCUUGCCAUCUACGAGAAGGUGUUCUCCAUCACGUUUGAAAAGGUCAAUGUUCCUGCUGCGACUGCGGCCGCAUCCGCUGCUGCCGACGCCAACUCUGCGGACAUCCCGCCUGCCAACGGGAUUUGGCACCCAGAGGUGCUGGUGUACAACGUGCGCGACACUGCCACCCAGGAAAUCUUUGGUCAAUUCUUCCUCGAUUUGCACCCUCGUGAGGGCAAGUACGGCCAUGCUGCCUGCUUUGGCCUGCAGCCCGGCUGCGAGCUCCCCGGCGGCCAACGUCAGAUUGCGGUCGCGGCCAUGCUCGCCAACUUUACGGCACCGACCAAGGACCAGCCCGCACUCAUGCUGCACGACGAGGUGGAAACGUACUUCCACGAGCUUGGUCACGUUCUGCACCAACUUUUGGCGCGCACCAAGUACGCCAUGUUCAGCGGCACGCGUGUGGAGCGCGACUUUGUUGAGUGCCCCUCCCAGAUUCUCGAGAACUGGUGCUGGGAAAAGGAGUCGCUGCACAUGAUGAGCCAGCACCACCAGACUGGCGCGAAAAUCCCCGAGGCGCUGCUCGACCGUCUGCUGGCCAGCAGGAAGGCGAACGCGGGUCUCUUCAACAAGCGCCAAGUCCUGCUGGCCACCUUCGACCAGACCAUCCACACGGUCAUGGGCGGUCAGACGAUCGAUGUGGCGAACGUGUUUGCCGAACUCGCCAAGAGCAUCUGGGGCAUCGAAGUCACCCCCGGAACAUCCAUGCCGGCCUCCUUUGAGCACCUGGUUGGCGGCUACGACAGUCAGUACUAUGGCUAUCUGUGGAGCGAGGUCUACUCUGCAGACAUUUUCUUUUCGCGCUUCCAGCCCGAGGGCAUUCUCAACAGCGAAACGGGCCGCGCCUACCGCACGAGCAUUCUGCAGCCUGGCGGCAGCCGCGACGCCUGGGACAUGGUUGUCGAGUUUUUGGGUCGCGAGCCCAACGAUGCCGCCUUCCUCAAGAGCAAGGGUCUGUAAACAAGACAAUGUUUGUCGAUGUGGCAAAAAAAUUGUGUUUCAUUCUGUGUAUGCCGAGUUCAAUGUCGUGAUUUUUCAUUGACGCACCAGUUGUAUUUGGGUGAACAAAAAUGAAUAACUAAAAAAACAAACAAAAAACAAAAGUUUUCC